AUGAAACCUUGUAAUUCAAAAUCAGAGCCACAGGACGCAGAUUCAAAGACUGUUGUAAAGGCCAAGCCAAAGUUCAAGAAAAUAGUGCCUAGAAGGUGGCCAACCAAAUCACCAGUAUGUGCGAUUGAGGGACUUAAGACCCAACAACAGCAACAAGAUGGUAUUUGGUUCGAGUGCAAUUUACCUGUUCGUGUGAAUAUUCCUUUUCCUAUAAGCCUAGCCAGUCUAUUUGGUUUGCAGUCAUUCCCAGACAAUGUCAGUCAAUGUAAAGCCCUUGUUCCGGCAACAAAUUGUGGAGACCCCUUCUGCUUGACAACGCGCAAGGCUCUGCCGGCUCCCAUUUCAGAACCUCAACCCGCAACUGCUAAAAAGGGACUUAGGCGAUUAAGGAAACGUCCUAGUCCCUGUCCCUGCGAGACAUCCACUCAAACCGGAGAUGAUGAAUCCGAUUUGCUUCGCUGCCUGUGGGAAAUCAAAGAUCAACUGGCAGCCAAAUCCACUGAAUGUCGUUGCUUUGCCGAGAAGUCCACAUAUGUUAGGACUCUUAAAGACCAGAAGAAAGCCAGUGAAGAGGUAAGCCCCUUGAAAGAAAGUGAGGAAACAUUAUUAUCAAAUAACGAAGUGCGGAAACCAACUACUAAAACUAAGAAAACUGAAAAGAAGAAAAGUCAGUCAGUUGCAUCAACAAGUGUUCCAAGUGUUCUAAACAAUGUUCCUAAGGUACCUAGUAAGUCCAAGAAAACUGAAAAGAAACCUAAGGAAAUCAAGCCAAUUUCAUCAGCAAGUUCUUUCCUAAAGGAAGCACAAAAGCCACGUAUUAAGACUGAUAAAGCAGAAGAGAAAUCUAGAAAACCCAAGGCAACUGCAUCCACAAAAAAGCUUACAAGUAAGAGUUCCUCGAAAAUUUCAAAAAAAGUAGAAAUCGAUUCUCAAAAGCUAGAAGAGAAAGUCGAAAUAGAACCACAAGAUCAAAAACCAAUAAUAGUCACAUCCACAAAAAAGGUUACAAGUAAGAGUUCCUCGAAAAUUUCCCAAAAAGUAGACCACGAUUCUCAAAAGCUAGAAGACAAAGAAGGAAAAGGACCACAAGUUCAAACACCAAUAAUAGUCACAAAGCCAAGAGAGUCAGUGGAUUCAAUAAAAGUUAAAGAAAUCGAGAAGAAUCCUAAAUCUCUUGAUCCUGAACCUAAUGUAAAAAAUAAUUCUCUGGAAAAGCUACAAAUGAAAGAGAUCGAACCAAAACCAGAAGUUGAAGAAAAUAACUCUAAGCAAAUUCAGGAAGAAUGGGUUGAUCCCGUGCCAUCAAUUGCUUGCUGCUGCCGCCGUCAGACCUUUCCAAAGGAGCAUGAAUGGAUUGAUCCCGAGCCAGCAACUGCGUACUGCUGCCGUCGUCAGACCUUUGCGAAUGAAUGGAACUGCCCGAAUGAAUGUCAAGGAUCGGAGUACCAGCCAUGUUGCAUGUACCGCGCUUAUAGCUCAUGGACUCCUUCAAUGUAUCAACCCCACCAAUAUCCUGGACAUUGUUAUCAACAAUCCUGGCCGACCUGCCAGAGAAACACUUGUCAUAGAAACCACACCCCGGAAGCUGUAUGCUUGUAUCAAAGAUCACCGACAGCAACAUGGCCAUGUAGGCCAUGUGGGCAAUAUGUUAAUAUGAACGAAAUCGAUCCAGUUGUAAAGCCAUCCGUCGCAUUCUGCCAACAUACUCAGGUCUAUCCUGAAUAUACCUGUGCCAUGUCACAAGGAUCACAAAGCCAAUCUAGUUGUAUGUACCAAUGCCGGACUUCUGGGCAUUGCUGUCAUCGAUGUGGCCAAAACUGGCAGAAUCAAAGGCCGGCAAUUCCAGUAUCCUCUUCAACAGAAUAUAAUAAAAAGGCUCUAUUAAAAAAAUCAUUAAAUAGGAAUACUUCUCCGAAAGAUAGUUUAAGCUCACAGACUCCUAUAGCAUGUCCUUGCAGCCCAGGAGUUCGAAGAAAUAGAUCCAUUUGCUUCAGAGUGUGCAGAUCUCAAUCGAAAAUAAGUAACGAGACUGGACAUACCAACGAUAGUGAAGCUGAACAAAAAUGUGAAUCAUGUGAUACAUCUUCAUGUAGAAGCAAACACCAACCCUUUGAUCGCCUUAGCACUGGUCAAGAAAUCAUUGGUAUUGAUGAGUCCCAAUCUGGCAGUAUUUCUCGAGAAAAAAAAUCAGUCAGUGGCUCUAUUUUGAAGAAUAAAAUUGACCAAGAAUAUUAUUUUCCUUUGGACAACAAAAGUAAACGAUCAAAGAAAUCAAUAAAUUCGGAAGAGAAAGCAUAUAAGUCUUCUUAUCAAAGUUUUGGUGUUUCAAAAAAGGAAACUUCUGAUAUGAUAUGUGUUAAAGACCUUCCCAGUAAGGAAGAUGGAAAUAUAGAAAGUAAGUCCAGUAGGGGUUCUGGUAAAACAGGCUCAAAGGUGUGUUCUACAGGAAAACUAAAAGGUGAAUCACAAAUGAAGGAUAAUAUUUCAUGUAAACAAAACAAGUCUAAAGAUGGCAUAACUGAAGACCAGCUAAUAGUAAGCUUUACGAAUCGGAGUUUCUGCCAAAACUCGGAGGAACUCAACAGAACUUCUUCGGAGAAACAGCAAAAAAUAUCACAAACAUCUUCAAAUGGUAUCAAAACGGAUGAAGAUUUGGCAUCACAAUAUUCAGAAAAACCCCAAACUAAGGCUCGCAGUUUGAGAGGAUCAAGUAGGACAGAUCAAGAACAGGAUAUCGAUGGAGCUCCAGGAACAAGCUGCAAAUUUGACUCAAGACUAAUAUAUUCCAAAUUAAAGCAACAAUCCUCCAAGGAAAGGCAACGUUUAAAAAGGGUUUCUGAUAGUAAGAACAUUAUUCCAUCUAAAGGUAAAGCCACGAAACCAAAGAAUCAAUCAAUUCCAUAUCUAAGCAACAGGCCAGCGAGUGGUAUGAGUGAGCGAUCAAAUACGACGAUAUGUCAAAAACAAGCGAAAAACCUGGAAAUGUCUCCAAUGAUUCCUGUAUUAGUAAAUAAAAUGCAGCGAUCCUACUCAGCACCAGGAUGCUUAAGAACACCAGUCAUAUAUCGCCAGUGCUUCUCACCAAGAAAUCAAAUCCCCGAUAAAUUGUACACCUUAACACAUGAUUCUGACACCGUUCAGGACGAAAGUUGCGAUAGCGAAAUGGAACAAAUACCCACACGAAGGAUUCAAGAAAAAUAUAAACCAGACAAGGACAUGUGUAAAAUUCCAGAUUAUAGCCUGAAAGCUAGUAUGAUGCCAACCAAGCAAAGAUGCAAUGCAAGGCAGGAGCAACAGAGAGCGAAUACUGAUUACCGAAAUAGGCAGCUAAGAAGUCCUAGGCAAAAUCCACCAAUGGAGCUUGUGCCCUGUCCAAACAGGAAAACUAAAAAUGAUUGCCAGCCGGAUGAAUGGAGAGAGCAGCUACCUGUGUCUAGCUCCAGCGAAUUGCAAAUGGAAUCAGAUAAAUCAUAUCAGGUUCCAAAGAUUAGGGGCCAACCAAGAGGUCCUUCAUCCCAAGAGCAUUUACCGUAUCGUCAAAACACAAAAUGUCCGCAUAUGGGGAGUUCCCAAAACAAAGGAAGGCUCAGGAAGUCAAGUUCCAACAUCACUUCUAGCCCAUCGGAGGAAGAAUGUUCUACUUCUGAUCAUACCUUUUCUAGUCCAAGUUCAUCUAAGAACCUAAGAACUUAUGGCCAGCGUAAUCAAAGGGAUAUAAAGAGACAAUCGACAAUGAGGAAGCAAUGUUCUGAAGUUUCUCUCAGUGAAUCAGAGGAUGGAUGUGAUUCUCAUUACUCGAAAGCUUGUAAAUGUCAGCGGAAAAUCUAUCAUGGCAAACUUAAGAGUCCAUCAGCUUCUUCAAGUUCCCGUAAUCCGGCUUCAAAAUACAGUUUAUCCGUUGAAAGUAGUGGUAAAAGCCAGUUCUCAGGAAAAACCAGCAGUGGUACCUCCUACAGUAAGCAAACUAAGAAAAAUAGGUCACGCUGCAUUAAUAGAAAUAGUUCUCAGACAUCAAUGAGCCACCAAUCUGAACCUAUAACAGGAAAUUCCGAUUCUAGUUUAGCAGAAAACUCACUUCUAACCUCGAAAGAAGUAUCUCAAGAGUCCAGAUCUGCGGCAUCAUGCAAAUGCUCUUAUAGAAAGUCCAACCAAUCUGGAAAAACAACAGAUGAGGAGAUGGAUACGGUUACUCUACUGCAACCCCGUCGUCUUCGUAGCAAUGAGAGUAUGAAGAUUUGGAAUACCGACGUUGGCCCUGGCAAUACCGUACUUCUUGAGAUAAAGACCACCUGCAAUAAGCAGAAUCUACUCCAGACCUGCGGACGACCGCCCUGCAACUUCACUCGUGAGCAUUACGCGGGGAUUCCUCCAGUGCCGGGUUACCAUCCUCAGAAUGAGAGCACUUUUGAAGAAACUUUCCUAAUAGAGCCCAGUGAGCAUUGGAGCACUGUUAGGUCACUGGGUGUAACACCAGCUCCUAGUUGUCAGCAGCAGCAGCUACAAAUCGUCGAUCCCCAUCAUCAACAUGCAUACAACUAUUACCCCCAACUAGUUAGGGAGGCAGUAGAAGCCCUACCCCUUGGGUUCUACGAUCACACCAUUCAGCAGUACAACAUCAUUCGCAUGGACUCUGACUUCCAGGUGCCUUCUAUUGGACAGGAAAUCAUUCAGGCUAUAGAUGCAGUGCCCCGAACUCCUUGCCAAUGCGGAUGUGUAGGUUGUUCCUAUGGAAAUCCGGUCCAGCAGCAAAUUAUGAGACCAGUUCAGGAUUCCACUCGUCACUUCAUUCAGCCGCAAAAUCAAAUGCAGACGCAACCUAGGAACUUCUGUUCUCGGCCAAACCGACAAGCGGAAUAUCAAAACUAAUUCAUAAAUAGAAAAGACGAAUCAUUUUUUACAAAAAUGUACGCUG